AUGUCUAGAAAAAUUGUUAAAUAUUCUUCUAAUACUCCAAAAACUAUUGUAAUUAAAAAAAUUGAAAGAAGGACACCUCAAGGAAAAUUAUUGAGUGUUGUUAAUAUGAAAGCUACAUAUUAUGGUGAAAAGUAUGAAAAUGAUAAAAAUCUUUCAAAAUUACCAAUAUUUUUAGAAACUGAAAAGAUACCAUUACGGUAUUCACCUAUACAUGAUAACAAAAACCACCAUACAACACCCAUUUUUAUAGAGACAGAAAGAUUACCAAAAUGUGAUUUAUCACCUUCUAUGGAGAGGCAAAAUAUUCAUAGACAUACACCUCCUGCUAAAAUAAUUUUAAAAUCAUCUAAGCCAUCACCUGAAAUACAAUCAAAUCGUAGAACAUUUAUUGACAUACCUGGAGAAAGAACGGAGUAUAUAUUAACUGGAAACAAUGGAAAUUUUAGUAAUAAUGGAAAAUCAACUUAUAAUGAUAGUCUUUUAUAUGGAGAUGUAUGGUCUACUACAACAUCAGGUACUCAAGUAAGAGAUAGUCAUAUAAUAACAAGAAAUAAUAUAAAUCAUAAUAAUGAUAGUUAUAUAUCACAAGGAAAUAUUUUUGAUGAAUAUGUUUCAGCAUUAAAUAGAAUUAAUCAUUAUAGAUUAUAUUAUUAUAAUCUUCCAUCUUACGCAAAAUUAUCUUUUAGUGAAAAAUUAAUGAAAGAAGCAAAAAUUUAUUGUUAUGAAAAAUUAAUGCGACAAAAUGUAGAUAGUCAUUCACAGUACCAGACAAAUGUAUGGACAGGAUCAGCUAACUUUUUAAUUGAAGAAGUUAUUGAUGAAUGGUUUAAUGAAAUGAAAUUUUGGAAAGAAAGUAAUUUUAGAAAAGAACAUUUUCGAUAUAUAGGAAUUGGUAUUAUUCGGUAUCAAAGAGAUAAUACUCCAAUGAUGUUAGUAGUUUGCUUAUAUGAAUAA